AUGUGCGGCACGUAUCUCUCCACUGCAGUAUCGCCGCAGGAGCGGGCUAUUGCUCGUGCAAGGCAAGAGCAGAGGGAGGAGCAGGAGCGCGAGGCUGCCGCAGAGAGGGGUGAAGACGCCAACGGCGGUGGCCGUGGCCGCGGCGGCUGGCGAGGGCGCGGUCGUGGCCGCUUUGGAGGCGGCCGGGGACGCAGUGGUGACAAUCGUGGCCGCAAUAGCGAAGGCAGGGGCGAAGGCAGGGGUGUUCAGCCCAGCCAGGAGCAUCAGGGGCCUGAGGGCAGCGCCAGCGGCCAGCAAGAGCAGGGCCGACGAGCGGAGGCAGGGCCGGAGGGUCUAUGGGCACCGCCAAGCAACCGCUACGAGCAGCGCUUCGACCGCCCUUUCUUGGUGGCUGUGCCGCGCGACUUGGCACUGGGCGCCAGGCAGCAAGCAACAACAGCCGCACAGGGCGCCAGCACAGGCGCAGGUGCCGACGGCUGCAGCCCUGCCAUCGCCGAGGGUGGCACCGCAGCUGGGGCCAGCGGCGGGCCAGAGGCAGCGCCAUGUGAGAAUGCAUCAGGGCGGGGCUUGCCAGCGCCCUGUCACGACACAGUUGCAGCUCAGCCCCCGGCUCCGCAGUUCUUCAUCAGCCUGGGUCCAUCCAGGGAGCUGCAGGAGCGCCACCUGGCGGUGGGCCACGUGCUGGCCGGCUUUGGCGCCCUCAGAGAGGCAGCCGCUGCCACCCAGGAGGCGCGCGCCCUGCAGGAAGCCGACGCGCUGCGCCGCCGCCGCGACGGCAUCUCCGAGGCGCCCGCGGUGCCCGCAGCGCCGUCGUGCCGCGUCGUCGCGUGCGGGCAGCUGGCCCCCGGCCGCGCCCCUCCCGGGGUGGACCCCGUGAUGCUGGGGUCGUGGCCGGCGUGGCCCGAGGACCUGGCGGCGCCGUCGCCCCCCAACAUGGACGCGGAGGCGCAGGCGCGGCUGGCCAUGGCUGUGGGCAUCAAGGCUGCUGGCAACGCAGCGCACAGGGCAGGCAACCUCGAGCUGGCUCUGGCGCACUACCGGCAGGCCAUCAGGUACCUGGAGCUGAUAUCAUUCCAGAGCGACCUGCUGGACCCCUCCGCCAGCACAAACAUCUCAUACGAAACCAGCCUGCCCAUGUGGGAGACUGAGCUGGCGCUGCGGCUCAACCUGAGCGCCACACUGACUGCGCUGGACCGCGGCGCAGACGCCGUCGAGGCGCUGCGCGAGCUGCGGCACAAGGUGCCCAGCAACCCAAAGAUGUGGUACCGCCUGGGCCAGGCACUGGCGGCCCAGGGCCCCAGCUCCCUGCACGAAGCGCUGGAGGCGCUGGAGAAGGCGGCCGCGCUGGCACCCAGGGAUCCAGGUGUGCAUGCGUCGCUUGAUUCAGUGCGCGGCCGCAUCGCGCGCAGCCAGGGCGCCACCAAGGACGAGGUCGGCCGCGGCCUGGCGCGCGCGUUUAGGGGCGGCCUGCUGUACCAGGGGGAGGAGGGCAGCAGCGCGGCAGAGGCGCCCGCUGGCGCUGGCGCUGGCACCGGCAGGGGCGCGGGUGGUCCCAGUGUGCCUGAGGAGGUGGCGGCUGAGCUGGUGGGGCGCCACCUGGGCCUGCACGUCCUGAGGGGCGCGGCGGGGCCGGACGGCGGCCUGCCGCCCGGCGUGACCGACCCCGUCGCUCACAUGAUGAGCGCGUGGUUCCAGCCGAGGGUGGGGGGGUGA